GUGUGUUGAUGGUACAACGGGGAAGAAUUGUGAAACAGAUAUUGAUGAGUGUCAAUCAGUACCAUGUAAAUACAAUGGGACAUGUGUUGAUAUUCUCAAUGGAUUCAGAUGCCAUUGUCCUGAUGGCUUUAGUGGACCAACUUGUGGCACGUCUUCAGUUUCAUCCGGUGGUCAGAUUGCAGAAACAGCGAACAUUAUCGUUGGCUUAGUGGUUGGGGUAGCAUGUGUACUUGCCUUCCUAUUUGGUGCUAAAGUAGUGCAUACCUACUUGAAAAGGAAAAACCGCGUGUCGUCAUCUGAAACGAAUUUGAAAGACGAAGAAGAGGUCGAAAAUACGGAGUCAAUGAAAAUAUGACAAAGAUGACGAAGACAAUUUUUCGAUGCAUGUAACAGAUAACAAUUCAUUUCAAUAAACCACAAAAAUGAAGUAGUUAUUUGAGGAAAUAAAUCAAUUUAUGUAUAUUUUGAACAAAAAGUGGAAAACGAACUUUGAUUUGUAUAGCUAAAUUACUUGCACCUGCUUAUUUUGAUUGGAAUUAGUAUAGUCACGUAUUUGUUUGAACUUUGUAUUAUUGUAUAAAUGAGGGCUUGAUUUAUUACACCUAG